CAGGCUUAGCGCGUGUAGCCGGGCUGCGGUGGAGGGGCUUGCCGGCCGGUUUCCAUAGUUCAAACCAGGUCUCCGGGCCCCGGUUUCCACUAUGGGCCGCCGGCGGGCAGCGCGCGGGCCGGGGGCCGAAGGCAGCCGCACUCGGCGCCCCGCAGGCCGCUCCCUGGAAGCGUUCGCCGAGGACGUGAGCGUCGCGCUGCGCGCGUCCGUGGAGUCAGAGACGGCCGAGGACGCGGACAGCCGGAGCCCGGCGCCGCUGCCGUGCACGCUGGCCAUGUGGGAGCUGGGCCACUGCGACCCCCGGCGCUGCACCGGCCGCAAGCUGGCCCGCCUGGGCCUGGUGCGCUGCCUGCGCCUCGGUCACAGGUUCGGCGGCCUCGUGCUCAGCCCCAUGGGCUCCCAGUACGUGUCCCCCGCUGACAGGGCCGUCACCAAGGUGAUGCCGGCCCCAGAACCCUAUGCUGCUCCUGGCAGACAGCUGGUGGCACAGUCGGGUGUGGCUGUCAUCGACUGCUCCUGGGCCAGACUGGAGGAGACGCCCUUUGGGAAGAUGCGGGGCAGUCACUUUCGGCUGCUGCCCCACCUGGUGGCCGCCAACCCCGUGAACUACGGCCGGCCCUGCAAACUGUCCUGUGUGGAGGCUUUUGCGGCUACCUUCUGCAUCCUGGGCUUCUCAGACCUUGCUGUCAUUUUGCUGCGCAAGUUCAAGUGGGGCAAGGCCUUCCUAGACCUGAACCGUCAGCUCUUGGACAAGUACGCAGCCUGCUGUGGGCCGGAGGAGGUGCUGCAGGCAGAGCAGGAGUUCCUGGCCCACGCUAAGGAGCGUCCCGAGGAAGAGAUCGAUCCCUUUGAUGUGGAUUCAGGUCGAGAGUUUGCAAAUCCCAACAGGCCCAUGGCUAGCACCCGGUCGCCCAGGGACAGUGAUGACACUGACAGUGAGGAGGAGUCUGAGGAACAUGGGCCUGAAGCUGAGGACGGAGACUGCAGCAGCCCAGAAGAGGAGGAGACUCGGGAGCAGGGGUCAGAGGCCAGGGCCCCUGCCGAGGUUUGGAAAGGAAUCAAGAAACGGCAGAGAGACUGAGGUUCCAGACUUGUAUUUUUCAAGGCAGAGCGACGAGGAAACAGAGACAGCAGCAGAACUGGGGGAACGACAGGCCUGGUGGCCCUGGCUCAUUGCACCUGCGAGCAGCACUGGCUGUGGGUGCUCUCCCAAGGCUCUGUCACAGCCUUGCUCUGGGUCCGGCCUCAGAGUCCCUAAUGAAGCGGCAGCAGGGAGACU